GGUGUCUCACAGCACGACGCCAUGUGUCAGCUGCACUGAAUGUCUGGAAUCUGAGAACAAUGUCAGCAGGAAGGAGUGGAGGAGUUUCAGGAGAGCGAUCAAACUCACCCCAGGGGAGGGACUUGUGACCAAACACAAGCUCACCGGCAGCGCAGCAGGUGAGGAGGAAUGCUGUGUGUCUUUUUUACUUGUCAUUUGGACUCGCGGAUGUUUUUGCUCCUCCGUUUAUGGAGACGGAGAUGCUGGAGAUUGUAAAAUGUGGUUAAUGUUUUUCCUUAAUCUGGAGAGGAACCGUGGAGACUGAGAUAUCUGACGCCGUCUGGACAGAUUGUAAAAUUUACUCAAGUGAAGACAUCAAUACCGGAUGACUGAACCUGGACAUUUAUUGGCAGCCUGGACGUAGAAUGACCUGUUGUGAACAGGAAGACCAGAUUUGCUCUACAAGGUGGAAAUGAUUUGAAGGGACAGUGCAGGCAUCACCUGGAAUCAUGUCGAACUCCCAGGAGCAGAGUCUGGAUGAGAAUGUGGUUUUCCUGCCGGUGGACGAGUCCUCGCCUCACUUCCUCCACUCUGAGCGAGAGCGCGAAGCCGUGGAGAGGCUCCUCAGCAGCGGACCCGAGGCCUUCUACGGCUCCAUCGGCCCGGAGCUUUCAAGCUACUUCUUAUCUCCUCAAGAGGUGAGUCGGAUAAGCAGCUGGGCUCAGAACUAUCACUUCCACGAGCCGCUGGUGGGAGAGCAGGACGGAGCCGAUAGGAGCGUCGACUCGGAGGAGAUCUGUUCCACCUACAACCCCUACCAAUGGGACGUCCCGGUCCCCAACCUGGAGCUCGGCUGGCCGGAGAAACCCCCCGAGGUUCUGAAGAGCAGCGUCACGGUCCACUCCAGCCACCCUGCUGAGGAAGACCUGCAAAUCAGAGAGGUCAUCAGGCGACACUUACAAGCAGCCAAAACGGUAAUCGCCGUGGUGACGGACCAGUUGACAGACAACGCGAUCAUUUUUGACUUGCACACGGCCGCCUCCCGAGGUGUGCCCGUCUACAUCAUCCUGAACCAAAGGUCUCUGCAGCAGAACUUCACCCUGAACAGGCUCAGGCAUCCCUACAUGCGGGUUCGGGUUAUUGGCGGGAAAACGUUUUGCUCCAGGACUGGAAAGAUGGUGGUUGGCGAAAUGAAAGACAAUUUCAUCCUGGUGGAUUUAGAGGCAGUGAUUCAUGGCAACUACAGCCUCACCUGGACAGACGCUCAUCUUCACCGGCAGCUUGUCACAGUCCUGAGGGGCCCGGUUAUCGACUCGUUUGACCGAGAGUUCAGGAUCCUUUUUGCUGAUUCGGUCCCUGUUCCCGACACUUGGGGAGUCACAGACAGCCCUCAAGUUUACAACCACUACCAGACCAAAGACUUCUCACGCCUCCGGCAGCAGCUCUCUGCUGAGUCUGAGAUCACAAACCCUCCUCCUCCGCCUGCUGACGUCUUUCUGGACUGGGAAGCGAUGGGCGUUCUUCAGAGAGACAGCAGCCGGCCUGCGUCUCUUCUGGGUCUACAUAAGGAAAACAUAGUUGAAAAAAUGUCACAGCUGGAAAUAGAUAAGGACAGCCCCACUGAGGACAGAUUUACCCACAAUGAGCACCUGGUGUGGAACAGGAGAAGGAUGAAUGAAAAUACAUCCCCGCUCACAACCAGAGUGACAGAUAAUUCAAAAACUAUCAACAGCAACGCAGAAGUACUGUCAACAAACCCACCAGCUGCUGAGGGAAUAAUAAGGCCUGAGUGUCUGAUAGAGAGGAACAUCUCCAGGGAGCUUUCUGCAGAGAGAAAGCCAAAUAAACCUGAGCGGACAGUAACUAGAAUCGAUGUUCCUCCAGAAACAACAAAUACGUUUUAUUCCAAGAGACGAUCAGUUGCUCUGGUGGAGAGUUUUGAAGAAGAGGAUAACAAAACAGACGAUGUUAGUCUGAGAGAGCGCAGCUCGUCUUCCACAGUGAAAAAAACCUUUAAUCCUGAAGGUGCCGCACCGGGGCAACUUCAGCUCUGUGAGCGACAUCAUGAAGAAGCUCAAGCAGGGAACGUCGGUGAUGCGGAGGAACGAAACGAGCUCCACCAUGUCGGACCGGACCCAGUCCAUGAUGGACCUGAGCGAGAACAAUCACAGCGACAGGAAGGCCCCAGUGCCUCGCUUUCUGACCAACCACAACUCGGAUCAAAUGACGCCCGCGUUGGCGCUGAUGCAGAGGAGGAACGAUGGAGUGAAAACUGCUCUAAAUCGACAUCCAGCAAACUUUAUGCCCACUGAGCGACCGCGCAGCUCCACCUUAAACUCCACCUUUAGCUCCAGCUUUUUCCUGAGAAAGCUGAAGUCAGACAAAGAAGAACCUGCACUAUGAUGAAGGACAAGAAGAGAGACUUUACAGCGUUAUUAGCUCCUGAAGCCGUGACUCACAGAAGGCUUCACCAUGCAAAAUAAACACUCAGAUGCUUUAUUUGUUUGAAUGUCACUAAAAAUAAAUUAAAUACUAUUGUUGCUCAGGAUAGUGUGUAGUUUUAUUUGUAUUAUUUGAGAAGAUCCAAUGUCUUGCAUUUAUUUAUUUUUACUGUAUUUAAUAACUAACUGAGUGACUUUAAUGUGUCUUACGGGGAUUUUAUGUGAUAGAUUCACAAAUUAUUGUAUCGUUGUGAAGUGGAAAAUAAAUAAGAGAUGAGUCUAGUGUUUUCAACUUA